UAACAUUCUUCUAUGAUUACAGAUACGUUUCAUACGUUUCCAUCUAUUUCAGAUCACAUCCAACCGAUUUGCCUUCCCCUAACUAAAAAUCUAAGAUCGGCCGAGGUGGGAAGCUACAUCAUUACCGGGUGGGGGACAACGGAAGAGAACAAACUAUCCCUAUCGCUCAAAAAGGCAACCAUUCUGGCGGUGAGUGGUCACGAUAAAUGUCGCCGACUGUUUGCCGGAGAGCAGUAUGACCCCAAAGCAAUCUACACCGAUCAGUUCUGUACGGUAUCGGAGGAUUCGCCGGCUUACUGUUACGGAGAUGGCGGAGGACCGCUGGGUCAAACGGUGCGGUUCAACGGAAUGCGUUUCGUACAGUUUGGAAUCUUCUCGAACGGAUGGGGUGAAUGCCAUCGGUCGAAUAUUCUUUUUACAAGAGUGGGCGCCUAUAUGGAUUGGAUUUUGGCCAAUGUAAGAGCGUAGCAGUGGAUGAAAUAUUCGGGUGUGUACAUCUUCUAUAAACGAUUGCAAUAUCCUUUAAAAUUUUAGAACAUAGUCACUACAAUUAGAAGAUGAUAAGCUGAACUUGUGUUAUUAUUAUUAGUAAAAUUUAUAAAUGAAGGAAACAUAGAAAAUCAUUACUGUAAUAAAAUUGAUUAAAUUG